UGACUACUUAAGGGAGCCAGGCCAGCCUGUGUGUGACAGUCCUGCCACCCACCGAGAACCCAGGAUGGGGGCCUCGCCUGGGUCCCUGUUGUCCCUACUGCUGGGCUUGCUGCUCAUAUCCGCCCUAGGGGUUCUGGGCACCAACCCAGGCCUGGUUGCCAGGAUCACUGACAAGGGCCUGGCCUAUGGGGCUCAGGAGGGGCUGUUGGGUCUGCAGAGAGAGCUGCAGAAGAUCAAGCUGCCUAACUUCAACGGGGACUUCAAGAUAAAACAUGUCGGCCAUGGGAGCUAUGAGUUCCACAGCCUGGACAUCCGAAGCUGUGAGCUGCGCGGCUCUGUGCUGAAGCCACUGCCCAGCCAUGGCCUGAGUCUCUCCAUCUCGGACUCCUCCAUCCACAUGCAGGGCAGGUGGAAGGUGAAGCUGAACAGGUUCAUGAAACCACAAGGCUCCUUUGACCUGCAGGUGGAGGACAUCACCAUUGCCAUCAACCUCCUGUUGGGCAGCGAGCCCUCGGGGAGGCCCACAGUCACUGCCUCCAGCUGCAACAGCUACAUCCGGAGAGUGGAGGUGGACCUGUCUGGGGGUUUAGGGUGGCUGCUGAAACUCUUACGUGACCAGAUUCAGUCCAGGUUCCGAAGAGUGUUGGAGAGCAAGAUUUGUGAAAUGGUCCAGAAAUCAGUGACCUCUGACCUACAACCUUAUCUCCAAACCCUGCCAGUCACAGCAAAGAUCGAUAGCUUCUUGGAUGUUGACUACAGUUUAACGGAAGCCCCUCAGGCAACAGCCCAGAUGCUGGAUGUGCUGUUCAAGGGUGAAAUUUUUUAUCAUAAUCACCGCUCCCCAGUUGCUCUUCUUCCUCCAGUCUUGAGCCUUCCGGAAGAUCACACCCAAAUGGUCUAUUUUGCUAUCUCUGACUAUGUCUUCAACACAGCCAGCCUGGUUUACUACCAGGCCGGGUACAUGAACUUCUCCUUCACAGACGACAUGAUUCCGUCCGACUCUCCCUUCCGACUGACCACCGGUUCCUUUCGAGCCUUCGCCCCCCGGAUAGCCAGGCUGUACCCCAACAUGAACUUGGAGCUCCAGGGAGGAGUGGUCUCUGCCCCACUCCUGCAACUGAGUCCUGGGAAUCUGUCUGUGACGUCCCAGAUAGAGAUUGAGGGCUUUGUACUCCUUCCCAGCUCUGUCAGAAAGCCUAUCUUCCGGCUUGAUGUGGUCACUAACGUAUCUGCCACGCUGAACCUCAACACCAGCAGGAUCACUGGGAUCUUGGACCCUGGAAAGUUACAUGUGGAACUGAAAGAAUCCAAAGUAGGGGUAUUCAAUGUGGAGCUGCUGGCAGGCUUCCUCAAUUACUUCAUGCUCAACACUCUCUACCCGGAGAUCAAUGAGAAACUGGCCCAAGGCUUCCCCCUCCCUCUGCUAAAGCAUAUUCAGCUCUAUGACCUUGUUCUUCAGAUCCACAAGGACUUCCUGUUCUUGGGUGCCAACAUCCAGUACAUGAGAGUUUGAGGGAAAGAAGAAAGAGGGGUCUUAGAGGCCACAGCUGAUCUGUACAUUCCAGAUGUACUGCUCAUCUCUGGACAUUCUCGAAGGACAGCUCUGGGGGCAAGAUCUGCCUGGCUUCUGCUCCACACUCCUCUUUACCAGGUGCACCCAGCUCUCUCAGACCCCAGACCUUACACUUUACACUCUACUUCAGCAUGGACCACCUCCCCCAGCUGACCUGUAGUUUUUAUUCACUAUCUGAUCUCCAUGUCUAGCCAAGUGCUAGCACUUAGUAGGUCCUCAAUAAAUAUUUGUGGAAUGACUUGGUGAAGGAA